AUGGAGGAAUCUGAAUUCAUUCAACCCAAAACAACAAAACGUAUCCUGUAUUCUGGAACCCCAGCAGAUCCCAAGAAAUAUAAGCCAAUGUUCGUAACAGCCAACCGAUAUUCUUCACUUACUAUUGACGAUGACGCCACAGGUAAAACAUCCUUACAUACACAAUCUAACUUCGGAAUUAACUUCCAAACCCCCGAAGUGAACAACGAAAUUAAAUUACCUCCUCCUAUAUUUAUCCGUGAAGUAUUAGAUUUUGUUAGCUUUAGGCAACAAUUGAUCUUUUUAAUCGGCCCAGAAAACUUCUUAUUCAAGUCUUCUACAAAUGCACUAAAAGUGCAAACAAUCAAUCCAGAUUCCUACAGGAAAACUAUUCAUUUCUUUAGAGAGGAGAAAGCCCAAUUCCACACCUUCCGUACACAAGAAGAUAAAGCUUUUCGCAUAGUCAUCAGAAACCUACACCCAUCAACACCAACUACUGAAGUCGGCAUAGCCAUUGAAGAUUUAGGCUUUACUGUACAUCAAGUAGCAAAUGUUUCUGGAAUUCUUCCAUAA